AUGGCCUCUUCCAUUAUUCUCUUUAUAUUUUCUUCCUUGUUAACUUUCUCAUUCCCUUUGCAAGUUGAACCCAAAAAUCCCAACUCGAAAUCCCAGUCCCAGUCCCAAAUCAUUGUCAUGGGCAUGGUAUAUUGUGACUUCUGCUCCAACAACACCUUCUCCAAGCACAGCUACUUCUUUCCCGGAGUAGAAGUUAGAAUAGAUUGCAUGUUCAAAGCAAUUUCUUCAAGAACAACAGAACAGAUAUCAUUUUCAGUGAACAGAACUACAAAUAAGUAUGGAAUAUACAAAUUUGAAGUGCCUUGUGUUGAUGGGAUUCAAUGUGCCAGAGAUAAAGCAGUCGGGAAUUCCUGCAGAGCCAGCUUAACAGGGAUAAGACCAUCUUCUUCUUCCUGUAAUAUUCCAGGAUUUAGGACUACAUCGAGUGAAAUUUCAAUCAAAUCCAAACGAGAAAACACUUGCAUUUAUAGCCUCGGUGCAUUGAGUUACAGACCAUCCAAGAGAGAUAUCAACUUGUGUGGAAAAUAA